GCGUGACCCGAGGCCACGUGACGCUCGCGGGCUGGGCCGCUAGUGCUGUAGCCGCUGUAGCCGCUGCAGCCGCGGGAAGCCUGCGAGUCAAGAGAUGAAGCUCAUUAUCCUGGAAAACUAUUCCCAGGCCAGUGAGUGGGCGGCCAAGUAUAUUAGGAACCGCAUCAUCCAGUUUAACCCAGGGCCUGACAAAUACUUCACCCUGGGGCUCCCCACAGGGAGCACCCCACUUGGCUGCUACCAGAAGCUGAUUGAGUACUAUAAGAAUGGGGACCUGUCCUUUAAAUAUGUGAAAACCUUCAACAUGGACGAGUAUGUGGGUCUUCCUCGAGAGCACCCAGAGAGCUACCACUCCUUCAUGUGGAAUAAUUUCUUCAAGCACAUUGACAUCCACCCUGAAAACACCCACAUUUUGGAUGGGAAUGCGGCUGACCUGCAGGCCGAGUGCGACGCCUUUGAGGACAAGAUCCAGGCUGCAGGAGGGAUUGAACUCUUCGUCGGAGGCAUUGGCCCCGACGGACACAUUGCCUUCAACGAGCCAGGCUCCAGUCUGGUGUCCAGGACGCGUGUGAAGACGCUGGCCAUGGACACCAUCCUGGCCAAUGCUAGAUUCUUUGAUGGUGAUCUUGCCAAGGUGCCCACCAUGGCUCUGACAGUGGGUGUUGGCACUGUCAUGGAUGCUAAAGAGGUGAUGAUCCUCAUCACAGGUGCCCACAAGGCCUUCGCUCUGUACAAGGCCAUCGAAGAGGGCGUGAACCACAUGUGGACGGUGUCUGCCUUUCAGCAGCACCCCCGCACCGUGUUUGUGUGUGACGAGGACGCCACCCUGGAACUAAAAGUGAAGACAGUCAAGUAUUUUAAAGGUUUAAUGCUUGUUCAUAACAAGUUGGUGGACCCCCUGUACAGUAUCAAGGAGAAGGAAAUUCAGAAAAGCCAAUCUGCUAAGAAGCCAUACAGUGACUAGCCUAUGCUGGGACGUGGUAUUCAGUACCUCAGGGGGACAGGCAGGGCUUUCCGGAAAGUGUCUGUAGAAUCACUUUUCAGUCCACUGUGGCCGCUGCAGACCCUUGGCUCGGCACUUACAGGUUAAGGAGUUUUGCUAUGGAUAACCUCGUUUAUUAUCAUUUUCCCCUUCUUUUUCAGUCCUGGGGGCUAAACCUGGGGCUUUGCUAACUGAGCUAUGUCCCCAACUUUCUUUUCCUUUUCAUAACUGUUUUGUAACAAUCCGAGAUCUCCAUCACAGACUGUAUUAUACCCAGGUGAAGACUCUUGUUUCCCUUCUGCCCCUGUGCACAUGGGCGGCACUCUCCCAUCGAGAACCCGUCUGUAUGUGCGCUUUACCUGAGUGGGCGGGCUAGGGCUUGUGCACUUUGGACAUAGCCUUUUUGGAGUCGUGAGAGCCCCUCUUCUGCCAGCCUUCCCAUUGAGAAUUUUUAUUUUAAAGAAUACACUUCCAGAACUUGAAUUAUGCACAAGGAAGCAGCCCUUCCUGCCAGAACCGAGUGCUUGGGGGAGAAGCCUGUCCCUUGUUCCCACUGUGUGGAUUGUCUUCCCUGUUGUCAACAGCUAGCCUUUCUGUAAAUGGGCUUUCUGGGUAGGAUUGGGCAUGUGGAGAUAAGAUGGCUUUCAGAUAAACUCAAAGCUUCUUCCAGAGGCCAGCCACAUCUUGUUCUCCCUCCAGAUGCCAGCAAGAGAAAGGUGAAAAGCCCUCCUGUCCGUGCUGCUUUCCUCAACAGAUUCUUACUCCCUCGUAAGGAGAUCCACUAGGGUCAUGAACAUGGCCGUGAUUUCAGUGUUUCUACCCAAGGUGGGGGGCUGGCAUCUGCAAAUGCGCUAUGCCUUCUCAGCUGCCUUCUCAGCUGAGUGCCAAGAUUAUGCACACUACUGCUCUCCUCGCUUAAACCACCCUGCUGCCAUCCCCGCCCCUCAGGUCUACAAGGUACCCUGUUCUCAGAGCAUCAGAACUAAACCCUUCACCCACCUGUCCUCCAGGCUCCUCCCAGGCCCCUCUGCUGGGCCUCUUUGUUCUCCACCUCUGUGGAGUGGUCACUGCCUCCUUUUCCAUCCUUGUGCCUGUGUGAAGCUAGAGCUGCCCAUUUCCAGGAGAGGUCUUUCAGAUCCUGGCACAGGCCCCUCCAGAAGUACUGUGUUUGGUACCAGCAUUUGUUGGUAGUUCUUAUAUGUGAUUGUGCUGUCAUUCUGUGUUAAGCUAAUGGAUCAAUGGACUUGUUUACAAUGUGAUAUUUUCUAUUAAAUUUAGUAUUUUCAAAUAAAACAUGUCUUUUGUGAAUUUUGA